AUGAUUCCUACUCUGCGGAGUCCUACUCUGCGGAGUCCUACUCUGCGGAGUCCUACUCUGCGGAGUCCUACUCUGCGGAGUCCUACUCUGUGGAGUCCUACUCUGCGGAGUCCUACUCUGCGGAGUCCUACUCUGCGGAGUGCCACUCUGCGGAGUGCCACUCUGCGGAGUCCUACUCUGCGGAGUCCUACUCUGCGGAGUCCUACUCUGCGGAGUCCUACUCUGCGGAGUCCUACUCUGCGGAGUCCUACUCUGUGGAGUCCUACUCUGCGGAGUCCUACUCUGCGGAGUCCUACUCUGCGGAGUCCUACUCUGCGGAGUCCUACUCUGCGGAGUGCCACUCUGCGGAGUGCCACUCUGCGGAGUCCUACUCUGCGGAGUCCUACUCUGCGGAGUCCUACUCUGCGGAGUCCUACUCUGCGGAGUCCUACUCUGCGGAGUCCUACUCUGUGGAGUCCUACUCUGCGGAGUCCUACUCUGCGGAGUCCUACUCUGCGGAGUCCUACUCUGCGGAGUCCUACUCUGCGGAGUCCUACUCUGCGGAGUCCUACUCUGCGGAGUCCUACUCUGUGGAGUCCUACUCUGUGGAGUCCUGGUAUGUAG